UGUCCUCCCUGUCCCUGGCAGGUUCCACGGCAGUCCUGGGGCUGUACCUGAUGUUCGGCUACGGCGCCUCGCUGCUCUGCAACCUCAUCGGCUUCACCUACCCCGCCUACCCUCCCUGUGGCACCUGGAGCACCAUCAAAGCCAUCGAGAGCUCCAGCAAGGAAGAUGACACCACGUGGCUGACGUACUGGGUGGUGUACGGCGUCUUCAGCAUCGCAGAGUUCUUCUCCGACAUCUUCCUCUACUGGUUCCCUUUCUACUAUGCUGGGAAGUGCCUGUUCCUGCUGUGGUGCAUGGCCCCCGUGUCCUGGAACGGGUCUCAGGUGCUCUACCAGAACAUCAUCCGGCCCUGCUUCCUCAAGCACCACCGCGCCGUGGACAGCGUGCUGG